GGGACCUUUCAAUAGGAAGCGCUGUUCAAUCGGUACAUUGCGUGUUGUCGAGCCGGUAUCUCUAAUGAUAAACCCAGUUUAGCACUUUUUCAUAGCCUAUUGAAGUAGUGAAACGCGUCUGUUUGGUUUUUAGGAUGAUAUAUUUGAGUGGGCUUUCUGUGGCACUGGUCCUGGCGCUGGUGCCGAGCUGCACUGAGGCGCUGAAGGAAGGAGAGUGUGAAGUCUGUGUGGGUUUCCUGGAGCGGUUUCACCAGACACUUCAAGACAAUGACGUCAAGUUCGACAGCGACUCCAUCGAAAAGGCUCUUCUAAAAUCUUGCAAAGAGGCCAAAGGAAAAGAAAACCGAUUUUGUUAUUAUAUCGGGGCAACAAGUGAUGCAGCAACAAAAAUAAUCAACGAAGUUUCCAAACCGAUGAGUUACCACGUGCCAGUGGAAAAGAUCUGUGAAAAGCUCAAAAAGAAGGACAGUCAGAUCUGUGAACUGAAAUAUGAUAAACAGGUUGACUUGAGCUCCGUCGACUUGAAGAAGUUGAAGGUGAAAGAUCUGAAGAAAAUUUUGGAGGAAUGGGGCGAAUCCUGCAAGGGGUGCGCGGAGAAAUCGGACUUCAUCCGCAAGAUCAAUGAGCUGAUGCCCAAGUAUGCGCCUAAUGCGGCCAAGGCAAGGACAGAUUUGUAAACUCGCAGGGAAUUAUGGGACCGAGGCAGCGGCAUUUAGGGUGGAAGAUUUGCGCUGUGCAGCUGACUGACCACCUAACAGCGGGGUUUGCAUUGUGUUGUCAUUUCACCUUGUACUCCAGGGUAAACAUCAAGAAACCGAACGCACACACUUCCUUAAAUACAACCUUUAAUUUAUCAUUUUCAGUGUGAUAGAUCUGACUUAUAUCCAAUGUUUGCCUCCUGAUGUUAUGGAACAUAAUGCUUGACACACUUUGCCUAGUUUGAUUUACAUUUUCUAUUCUUUCUUAGUUGACUCGUUAUAUGAAAUAUAAUGAACGGGAGUCUCAUCUUCAAAAAUGUGUGGGUCAGUUUGAGAGGAAUUUGCUGUAAAAUGUUUAAUACAGUUAUACUGUCUUUUUCAUUAAAAGAAGAAACGAAA